AGGGUGUUGUUUACCGUUUACUAGCUAUCGUAUAUUUUCGUGAGGCCGGGCGUAUGUUUGCGACGUUUUAAUUACCGAUUUUACUGUCCGAUUGUUCCGGUUCGAGCCUUGAGUGCUGUGUUAACCGUACCAUCCGAGUGUUCGCAUCACCGCUGUGGCCGAUACAAGUGCAACACCACCGGGCGACGCGCAUAAAAUGUCCCACUGCUCUGCGGUUUUACAGUCGUCUGACUGAGUGCAUCAGCCAUUUUGUUUGUGUUUUUAACAUUGUUUUGAUUUGCCGAGUUAAACGGGAAAACUCACAAGUCCCAACUCGGCGUCAAAACAAUCUUGAUGUACCACACCGGAAACGCAAUCCUCUACGUUGGGAUUACAUAACUUUUAGAAAGAAUAAAAUGGUGUUAGUGGUCGGGGCUCGCGGUCCUGGGCACGGAUGGCGGCCCCAAUGAGAGAGGAGCUGGGUGGGGCGGUGGCGGCGUCCACAGAUAGUGUUGGAAGUAGUAAUGGCAACAACAACAAUACCAGUAGUAAUGCAAAUUUUGAGUACGACGACAAUGAAUGGGAUAUUGGUAUAGGCGAUUUAAUCAUCGACUUAGACGCAGAUAUUGAAAAAACAGGAUCAACAUCAACAUCAGCAACUAGUGAAGCCCUUGGUGUUACCAACAGUGCGGCAACCACAGUCGGUUUAACGGCUGGUAGUGGAGCCAUGUCAGGAGCAGCUGCCACUGCACCUACGGCCACUACAGCUGGCAGCAAUAAAGCUACUGUUGAGCAUUCAGCUACUGUUGAUAAAGGAUUAAAAAUGAAAAUCAAACGAACAAAAACAGGAACCAAGAGCUUUGAAGCUAAACAUGAAAUCGUCAAGCCUGGCGAACAAAAUGGGUCUUUAGCUUCGACCCAAUCUCAAUCAAGUGGUAGUGCCUCUUCAAAUGACUCAUCUGGAUCCUCAGCCGAGUCUAAACAAACUGGUAAACAUUCCAGUACAUCAAGUACCAACUGUACUACUUCAUCAACCAGUACUACUGCAACCGUAAGUUCUGUUAAACGUGGAUCUAGCAGUCAUCGAAGAGAUAAAAUUAAAGAUAAACAACAUAGUUCAUCUACUAGUGGUGAUAAGUGUCAUAAAGUUAAUUCUAGUUUGUCUUCUGAGCUAAAUGGUCGGGGGCCUGUUAGUCAAUCAACUCCUAGAACCAACACUUUCCCAGCUUUAUCAAGCAAUACACAGACACCUAAUGUACCUGGUCCUCCUGGACCACCAGUUGGAGAAGCAGGAACUUCAACUUCUUCAAAUGUGGUCAAUGGUCCAGAACAAAAUUUAACGCCCCCUGUAGUUUUAUUGGAAAAUACACAAACUACUACUAAGUCCUCUACGGCUUUGUCUACCUUAUCAAAACCACUACAAUCUACCUCACCACCCCCAACAAACAAAGUAAAGACUGCUAAUAGUUCAACUUCUGCUUCCUUAAUGGAACAAAAGGAAACGGCUGAUGCUUGUGUUGGUACUAGCAUAAGUGUUGGAACUGUUACAGAACCUGAUUGUUUUGGACCAUGUGAACCUGGAACACAUGUCAAUUUAGAAGGAAUUGUAUGGAAUGAAAUUGAAGGUGUACUUGUUGUUAAUGUAACAUGGAGAGGAAAAACUUACAUAGGAACAUUAUUAGAUUGUACUAGACAUGAUUGGGCUCCACCUAGGUUUUCCGAAGCAUCAGCUGGAGAACCAGAAUGUCGUUUACCUCAAAAAGGACGUGGGAAAAGGGGCCGUGCUAGUUUAACUGCUAGUCCUAGUAAUGAUUUGGUAAAUUUUACUGAAACUAGGUCUUCAGUUCAUAGUAAGCUUAGAAGUAAUGGAACAAAUAAAUGUAACAACAGUAAUAAUUCAAAUCGAAGAGGAACAUCAUCUCCUACUCCAUCUUCAUUUGUACCGCCUCGUUCAGAUUCUAAUAGCUCAAAUAAAAGAAAGAAACCACCAGGAUCAGAAGAUGAAGCUUCUGGGAAAAAAAUAAAAGCAGAACCAGCGAGUCCACCACCUUUGUCACCUACUAUGUUAGAAUGCCCUGAGCAAAAUUGUUCUAAAAAGUAUAAAAAUGCAAAUGGUUUAAGAUAUCAUCAGUCUCAUGCACAUGGUGCUGCUUUGGAUGAUGAAGAUGCUGAUACUAAAGAAUCAGGUGGAGCAAGUACUUCUGAAAAUGAAGAUGAUACUAGCCCUGUUUCAGUGAGUAAUUCAAGUAUCCAAGAAAACAUUAAAGAAGAAGUAUCAAUUGUGAAUAAUCAACCUGUUGAACAACCACAACUUUCAACAACUCCUCCAGUAAUUGAAUCGGAUCCACCUGCUCCAUUACAAUCACCUCCUCUUUUAGUUGCAAAACCUAGUGUACUUCGUUUUGGUCUUUCUGGUAAUGAAGAAACUAAUGGUGUUACCCCAUCAUCAACUGCUCCUAAAACUGUUCUAUCAGUACCUAUUGUUCAACCAUCUCCUACUCCACCACCAUUGCUGCAGCCAGCUACUCCAUUACAAGCUAUUGCUCCUACUUCUCAGUCACCGCAACCUCAACCACCAAUUUUACAUGUGCAAAGUCCAGCAUCUCAACAGUUACCUACACCUCCACAAAUUCAACCUUUAGCAUUGAAUCAGCCACAAGUUCAAAAAGUACCUCAGUUUAAAGUGAAACCAGCUUCUGCUUUAAUGCCAGCUGAAGAUAAUAUGAAAAGCAAUAAAGACAACAAAAAUAAAGUAGCAUCAUCAUCACACAAAAAGAAAAAUCGUAAGUCUCCAGCUAGUAGUCCAAGACCAUUUUCUAUCGAUCAACCAUCUUUUGAUAGUUCUAAUUGUGGCCGUGAAGAUGUUCAAAGUCCAGCGUAUUCUGAUAUCUCUGAUGAUACUGCACCAAUUCUUGAAGUUGAAAUGAAUGAUAAUGUGAAUAAACAAAAACUAUCAACUACUGAUAAAAAGUCUGAACCAAGUACAGCUCAUUCUCCUCAUCCAAUUCAACCUUAUAAUAUGUACCCUUCUUACUAUGGUCAACCACCUUAUUUAAUAUCUUCAGUUCAAUCAAGUGAAACUCCUAAACAAAUUAAAGAAAGUGAAAAAAUUAGCCAACAUCCACAAGAAUUAAAAUUGUCAUCUUCAACUGUGGAUAAAGAUAAUAAAAAAGAUGUGCAAUCGACUCAAGCAGCUGAUUAUCAGCAACAAAAACUUCUACAACAAUAUUUUACUUAUGAUUCAUUUGUUCAGAAUUAUCCUUAUAAUAUGGGACCAGGAUAUCCCAUGUCAAUGGUUCAAGAUAAAGAAAUAAAAACUGAUGACAAAAAUCAUCAAUCUUCAAUUACCACUUCUCUUAGUGUUCCUCAACCUAACAAAAUAAAAUCAGAUCAAGUAAUACCAAAAGAAAAAUCUUCCCAUCAAAAUGAAAAUCAUCAAAUUAUGAAAGAAAGUAUUGAAAUGAAGUCGCAAAUGAAUUCAGCUUAUAUGUUUUCACGACAACAACAACAACAACAACAACAGCAGCAGCAGCAGCAGCAGCAGCAACAACAACAACAGCAGCAACAACAGCAACAGCAACAGCAGGCAGAUGAUGUCAGACGUUAUUAUAUAUAUCCAGAUCAGAGACGUAAGGACCAUGGUUCGGGUGAUCAUUCACAUAUUAAAUCAAAUACACAGAGUACCCCAACGAAACAUUCUAUGGCAACAAAUUUGAUUCAUAAGCAUAAAGAAAAACACGAAGAUAAGAAAGAAGACAAAAUGUGUAAAAAUACUUCUCAUUUAUCAGAAGGAGUAAAACCCACAAUGGAAACACAAGGUCCACCACCACCUCCUACAUCUUCAUAUGCUUAUAUACAUCCAGGUUUUAUGCAAUCUCCUCAUUUUGCUGGUGCAUUGGCAUACGAUCCAAUGUAUCGGAGCGCAAUGAAUCCAAUGUUGGUACCUGGACCUUAUGGUAACACUCCACCACCUCCUUAUUUACAUCCUCAGCUUCAUGCUCAAAUGCAACGGUAUCAUGCACCUGAAGAUCUCUCUCGACCAGCUGUUUCUACACAGUCAUCAACCCCUUCCCAACCACCAUCUGGGCCUAAAGCAGCUCUCGAUCUCCUUCAACAUCAUGCUAGUCAAUAUUAUUCUUCACAUAAAAUACACGAAUUACAAGAACGUGCCAUUAAGUCUCCAACGCCAAAACCAAAUGCACAACCUGGUCUUACUCCUGCUCCAUCACCAGGAACUAGACAAUCUCCAUCCUUAACAUCAACUGGCAUUGUACCAUCUGCCACUGAACGUACUACUUCUUCUGGUCCUCCUUCUACCCAAUCUUCUGGAAAACCUGGAUCAACUGGUGACCCAAAAGACUGCCGUUCACCACCUCCUCAAAGGCAUGUACAUACUCAUCACCAUACACAUGUUGGUCUUGGAUAUCCAUUAUAUCCAGCACCUUAUACUGGUAAACCUUUAUAAAAAAUGUAUGUGAUUGAUGUCCCAACAUUGUUAUUUGAUGAAUAUAAUAUAAUAAUAUUUUGUUAGAACUCGGGACUUAAAUUAACUCAAUUUAAUGCACUAUUAUUUUAAUAUUUAAGAUAAAAUUUAAUUUGAGAAUCCUUACUUUUUUUAAGCUAUUGUUUAAAUCACUUGCCUAAUUUAUCGAGUCGUUAGGCUUUAUUGAUUUGUUUGUA